CUGUUUUACAGUUAUUACAAUUAAAUAUUUUUUGAAGAAGAUCUUUGACAAUGGUCCGCCUGUGUCUAAUGCUUUUAGCAAGAAGAAGACCUUUCCCUCAGCAUAUUAGUGAAUACGCUAUACCAGAGAGUUACAAGCAUAUAAAACAUGGACAAGUAAAAUGGCGAGACUAUAAAUCAACGUAUGUGGAACCACCAUAUUAUUACAAAUGGACAAUGGAUUCGCCAUAUUCUCCGAUGGAGCAAAGAAAAAUUCGUGCUAAGGAACAUAUUAAUUGGUACAGGCAUAAUUAUGAUAAAAUUAAAUAUACGCCGCCGGAUAAAUGGCUUUUCCAUGUCGGCGAUAAAGUUGAAAUCCUUGCCGGAAAAGAUAAAGGAAAAAAGGGUGAAGUUGUCAUGAUUGUGCCCCAGAGAAAUUGGGUUGUUGUCGGUGGUCGCAAUUUUAAAUACAGGCAAACAGAAUCGAAUGAGGUACACGCUGAAGAGCAACCACUAGAACAUGACGAAGUCGCUCUCCUUGACCCUGUCGAUAAUGAAAAAACCGACAUAGAAUUUAAAGCAAACGAAAAAGGAGAUUUAGUUAGAGUUUCUGUACGUUCUGGGCACGUAAUUACAAUACCCUUGGAAAUGCUGGCUGAUAGAACUUUAAAAUGCGAAUACUUGGAACAGUCUAAAGACACAAAUGUAGAUGAUGCUUUGAAAAGAACAUUUACACCUUCAAUAUCCACUGUAGAACAGGAAUUAGAGAAACAAUUUAAUGUUGAAACAAUGGAAAACGAGUUUUAUUGGUAUUAGAAUUUGAGGGGUUCCCAGAUAUUUGGAAAAAAUUUAACAGGUUAUCUCAUCAAAAUAUGAAACUAUAUUUAUCAAAGUUUUUCAAUAAAAAGCUAAAGUUCAAAAAUCAAGAAAUUCACGCUUUACUCAUAUUUAAAAACAGUAAACUUUUGGAAUUUGUGGGUAAAUCAAAUAUAGAGCAAUGGAUGAAAAAGCAGAGCUUAUAAAAUUUAUCAUGCACAGCGCAAUUGAAUUUUUUCCAUACAAAGGGCACUGGGAUAUCGUGUAUCCAAUGUCCCCAUUCCUAGACAUGUAUUGACUGUACUGUACUCAGUUUUAAAAAAGAUUAGGUGUACCACUAUUACUAAGCAAAAGUUUGUUAUUGUGUCAAAAUUUUAGUCACUUUUGGUCAAAUUUUAGUUAAAAUAUUGAUACUAGAUACUUUGAUGGCGCUGUUUUUUUGUUGUGUGGUGUAAAAGUUAUUAUUGAAAGAUUGGACAUACCACUGCUAGGCAAAAAAGUUGUGUUUUUGUAUUCAAAUUAUGAGAAUUGAGUAAACCGAUAUUUACUGAUUUUUUCCUUCAAUCUAGUAUACUUGGCCGGUCUGAACAGAAAGUUUUUUUUGCUCUGUGCAAAGUUCAACAAUACUUUCAUUCUGGAUAUAUUUCUGUUUUGUAUUUUGGAACAUCAAUUUGGAAGUGACAUUGUUAUAAUUUUUUCCAUAACUAGUACCAGACUAGACGUCACAGUGCCAUUUUUCUCUCUGGGUUUUAAAUUCUUAUUCAGCCUGACGUCAUCCCACACAGAAGAUCUUGGCAUGUUUUUACAGUGCUACUUUCUGUUUUGUGUUUAGAUAGAACAUUCUUACAGAUUAUAAAUAAGUGUCGUUAUAUUUCUAGAGCAGGGCUAAUCAACUAUUUUUACCCAAGAUUCGCAUACAAAACUUUAAAAAUAUUUGGGUCCGGUCUUUCCAGAAAUUAUAUUUCGGCAUCCUUUUAAUUCACUCCUUCCCAAAUUUCAGUCAAAACUUCAAUACUAUUCUCAUGCCUUGCCAUAUUUGACAGUGCUAUUUUCUUUUCUAUGUUUUAGAA